UGUUCCGGUUCUCUGUAAAAUCGAUUUCUUUCGUCUCCUUUGUCAAAAAAAAAGCCGAAAACUGGGAAAUUUGUCGGCGUUGUUUGAAUCUUGUAGAGCACUGAAAUUUUUUCCAAUUGAUUUAUAAGUUUUUUGAUGAUUUGAUAUGCAGUAUCCGAUCUCUGGAUCGGCUGCUCUAUGGACACUGUACGCUGUGAAUUUUCCGGUGUGAUUUGAAUUGACUCGUCGUAGUGAGGGUUUAAGAGAUGGAUUUGGUCUCUAGUUGCAAGGAGAAACUUGCGUAUUUUCGGAUAAAAGAGCUUAAGGAUGUGCUUAAUCAGCUGGGACUUUCUAAACAGGGAAAGAAGCAGGACCUUGUCGAGCGGAUCUUGAUCAUUCUUUCUGAUGAGCAUGCGGCCAGGUUGUGGUCUAAAAAGGAUGCUGUGGCAAGGGAAAAGGUCGCAAAACUAGUGGAGGAUGCAUAUAGGAGAAUGCAAGCAUGUGGGGCAAGUGACGUAGCGUCAAAAGGACAAGUUAGUUCAGAUAUCAGUACUUUUAAAGUUAAGGGAGAACUUGAAGAUCACUUUCAACCAGAAACUAAAGUUCGGUGUCUUUGUGGAAGCUCACUAGAGACAGAGUCAAUGAUACAGUGCGAGGAUCCGAGAUGCCAUGUCUGGGAGCAUGUUGGUUGUGUCAUUAUCCCGGAGAAGCCUAUGGAAGUUCAUCCACCUCUUCCUGAAUCAUUUUACUGUGAAAUCUGCCGACUUACCCGUGCUGACCCAUUUUGGGUCACAAUGGCGCAUCCAUUGUAUCCGGUGAAGAUGACUGCAAUGACGAUCCCAACUGAUGGUUCAAACCCAAUGCAGAGUGUGGACAGAACAUUUCAAAUAACAAGGGCAGACAAAGACUUAUUGGUGAAACAUGAGUACGAUAUUCAGGCUUGGUGUAUGCUCUUGAAUGACAAAGUUCUAUUUAGGAUGCAGUGGCCUCAAUAUGCAGAUCUGCAAGUCAAUGGUGUGCCUAUUCGUGCUAUUAACCGACCCGGGUCACAGCUUCUGGGGGCGAAUGGCCGCGAUGAUGGACCUAUUAUUACACCUUGUGUUAGAGAUGGAAUUAACAAGAUAUCCUUGAGUGGAUGUGACUCCCGCAGUUUUUGUUUGGGUGUAAGACUUGUGAAGCGACGGACUCUCCAACAGGUCUUAAACAUGAUUCCGGAUGAAGAUAAAGGUGAACCUUUUGAAGAUGCUCUUGCGCGUGUACGCCGAUGCAUUGGAGGUGCAACUGGAAAUGAUGAUGCCGACAGUGACAGUGAUAUUGAGGUUGUCGCAGAUUUCUUUGGUGUCAAUCUCCGGUGUCCUAUGAGCGGCUCUAGGAUGAAAGUUGCUGGGAGAUUUAAACUCUGUGUGCACAUGGGAUGUUUUGACCUUGAGGUGUUUGUGGAGUUGAAUCAACGUUCCAGAAAGUGGCAAUGUCCUAUUUGUCUGAAGAACUACUCUCUGGAGCAUAUAAUCAUAGAUCCUUAUUUUAACCGGAUCACAUCAAAGAUGAGACAUUGUGAUGAAGAGUUGACUGAGAUUGAAAUGAAGCCUGAUGGUUCUUGGCGUGUGAAGUUCAAAAGUGAAAGUGAGCGCAGGGAAUUGGGGGAACUCUCACAAUGGCACUUACCUGAUGGUAGUCUCUUCUCCACAGUUGAUGAGAUUAAACCCAAGAUGGAAAUGCUAACACCGGUUAAACAAGAAGGUUGCUCAGAUGGUCCAACCCCUUUAAAACUUGGAAUAAGGAAGAAUCGCAAUGGUAUUUGGGAAGUUAGCAAACCUAAUAUUAAUGGUUUGUCUUCCAGUAAUAGGCAAGAGAAGCUUGAGUAUCAGGAGCAUAAUGUUAUACCAAUGAGCAGUAGUGCCACUGGAAGUGGUAGGGAUGGUGAUGACCCUAGCGUAAACCAGGACGCUGUUGGAACCUUUGAUUUUGGAAACAAUGGGAUGGAGCUUGAUUCUCUAUCCAUGAAUGUAGAUCCAAGCUACAACUUUAUUGAUAGGAAUCAUCAACCAGCAGCAACGAGUAAUAAUGAAGUCAUCGUUUUAAGUGAUUCUGAUGAAGAAAAUAAUGUUGUAAUCACUGGGGGUUCUGCCUACAAUGAGAAUCUAAUUGAUGGCGGGGUAAAUUUUCCAUUGCACCCACCUGUUAUUAACUCGUAUAGUGAAGACCCUCACACCGUGGCAGGGAACAAUUCGGGCUUGGGUCUUUUCGCCAACAUUGACGAUGAUUAUGAUAUGCGCCUUUGGCAGUUUCCUUCGGAACCCCAAGGCGGACCCGGGUUCCAACUAUUUGCAUCUGAUGCUGAUGUAUCAGAUGGUUUAGUUGGCUUGGAGCCUGGUCCACUGGACUGUACCCCUGCAAUAAGUAGUGGUUACACAAUAGCUCCAGAGACAUCAUCGAUGCCAUCUGUUCCUAUGUUUCCAGAAUCGGUUGGACGAUGCGAAGCAGAUGCAAACUAUGGAUUAGUCGACAAUCCUCUGGCAUUUAGUAGAGAGGAUCCCUCACUUCAAAUAUUUCUUCCAACAAGACCAGAUACCUCAGCUCAGUCUGAUUUAAGAAGUCAGGCCGAGGUGUCAAAUGGAACCCCUAGUGACGAUUGGAUCUCUCUUAGGCUUGGUGAUCACGGGGAGACAAUUGGUGUAAACAGAGAUAAUGAAAACAACCCAGUGUCGACAAGGGAUGGUACUCUGGAUACCUUGUCACAGACUGCGUCGUUGCUUCUGGGAAUGAAUGACAGUAGUAAGCAAGAGAAGGCAAGUAGACAAAGAUCAGAUAGUCCGCUUUCGUUUCCUCGGCAGAAGCGAUCAGUAAGACCCCGGCUGUAUCUCUCAAUUGACUCAGAUUCAGAAUGACAUGUGAUUUAUUUGUUUGGAAUGAUACCACCCAUAAGUAUAGCCUACCUCGACUUGUUUGUUUGUUUUGCGGGGGUGAUUCGGUGUUCCUUUGAUUCUUUUACAUACGCAUAUAAUGCACAGAAAAAUCAAAUGGAUCAUCAUCAGAGCCAGAGAUUGGGAAGUUUUGCUUGAUUCUCUGUGCUUGGGCACCUUCAAGCUCUCAUGCAAGGAUGGUAUUUGCAAAGAAGUAGACAGGUUUAUAUAAGUUAAUGAAAGACGAAAGCAUUUGAUCAGUAAUUGUAUCUUCAAUAGGUUUUUUUUUCCUUAAAUGGUGGGGAAACGUCUGAUAAUUUAUUAACCAAAGCUGUACUAUGGUGAAUUGGGCAAAUAGAGGAAACAAACAUUUGUAAAUGUGGUCUCUUUUAUAUUUUUUUUUGUUUUGUUUAAUAGAAAAACCAGCUUUCUUCUUCCU